GUCGCUGCCGUCUCCUCUUUUCCACUUCCACCCAACACCCACCCCUGCUCGCCGCUCCUGCCCCCGAAACCCUAGCGGCGAGGAUGGGCCGCAAGCGCCGCCAGCCGUCGCCGCCGCCGCCCCCGCCUCCGGAGGAGGAGUCUUCCGCCGACGAGUCCAGCUCGGCGGAGGAGGAGGAGGAGGAGGAGGAGGAGGCGGAGGCCACCCCCGCGACCCAAAAUUCCCCCAAACCCCCUUCCGCCGCCACGGCCGACGACGCCGAGGCCGACGCCGAUUCGUCGGAUGAAAGUGACGAGGAGUCCUCCGAGUCGGGCAAGAUCGACGCCGAGGCCUUCGAGCUGCGCCAGAUCGCCUCCUCCAAGCUCGAAUCCGACGCCGGUGAGCCCACGCCGCCGGCCAAGGACAAGAAGAAGGGUAAGUCUUUGGCGGAGCCCUCUCCGUCCGGCACGGCCAAGAAGGCAAAGGCCGGGGCGGCGGAGAAGGCACUCUCCGAGCUCACUCCUGCCAGCGAGGGUAAGAAGAAGCACAAGGCCCAGCCGGAGAAGACUGGGCCGUGGACCAAGCUUGAGAAACCCGGACAGCCCAGGCGCUGGACUACUGAGGACGAGAUCAAGAUCCUGGAGGCUCUUGUUCGCCACGUCAAGGCCAAUGGCACCCAGCCGGGCGCUCGUGAGCUUAUUACUGCGGUUGGUGCCAGCCUCGAAAGGAAGAACGUCACCAAGACGGAAAUGUAUGAGAAGGUGCGGAAUAUCAGGCAGCGAUAUGAGAAAGCGGUGAGCACGGGCGCUCUGCCAGAGAAAGAUGAUGACCUCCGCAAGUUCAAGCUCUCGGAGCAAGUGUGGGGAGAGAAUGCAAAGCAGAUCGCUGCAGCCACCAUGGCUCAAAAUGAGGCUGCUUCCUCAAAGAGCAAGAAGAAGGGGCAGACUAGCAAGGAGAAAACAGAGGGCUAUUCAAAGGGUGGUACAGCAAAGGAGACCACUGCUAGCGCCGAUGAAACAGAGGGCUAUUCAAAGAGUGGUACAGCAAAGCAGGCCACCAAAGAGAAGGCAGACGAAGAUAGCAAGGGCGGGUCAUCAAAGAAGGCUAGCACUGCUGAUACUCCUGCUAAGAGUAGAAAGCGGGGAAACCAAAAGGAGGAAUUGGAAGGCGAUGUGAAAACUGGCACUACAAAGGAGACCGUGGAUACUACCGCUCGGAAUGGUGGAACUUCGGUGAGGAGCAAGGGUGUAAAGUCUGACAAAGAGAAAACGGAUGAAGAUGUAGAGAACCCCACGCCAAAGGAGGCUAUGGGUGAUGCUCAAAAUGGUGGCACCCAUGCUCUGUUUAAGAAGGAAGGGGAAACUCAUGAAGAGAAAAUGGACACUGAUGCUAAUGUGAGAGGCAUGCACAAAGGGUUUGAUGAAUUGCAGAAAUUGUACCCCAACCUUACCUCUUAUGUGGAGGACAUCCAGGCCCAACAUCCAUGUGGGGAGACACUGAAGAGAGCAUUUGAGUUCAUGGACGACGAGAAGGCAUGUGCUUUAGAAUCCAAGAUCAAGAAGCAAAGGGUAGCUGAGUUGAGGAUAGGGAUGCGCCGUGCUGACACAAAUAAGGAGGUGACCAACAUAUUCAUAGGACUGCUGGACUAAACCCUUCUGUUGCUGUCAAGCCAUUUAUGCGAUUGCUGGGUAAGAAGACUGACUGAUGUAGCAAAAGGUUGAUUGGACGUGGAACCGAUGGAUGAGCAUGAGACAUGGUGAUGAGCUACUGUUGUGGCCGGCCGUUGUCUUGUUUAUGAUGGUUGGUGGUCAGCUGACUCAUACUGUCUUAUGCCAGUACCCAUGUUGGUGUCAUGUCUAGGAAAUGCAGCGUCAUAAUGCUGACCAUGACUUGGAAUUCCGUUUCUUCUGUUCAAUGAGUUAGGUCUUAUUGGCCGUGUAAUGUUGCUUCUGAAUUCAGUGGUAGUAGAGGCCUAGAGGCCGGAGGCCGAUGAUCAGGCGUAUUGGCUUUGGGUUGAGGCUGCUGGAUUAAGAGCCUUCUUUUGUAGUUCUAAGCGCUGUUUUGGAGCUGUCAUGGUUGGAUGUAAUGCUGUGUUUGUUGGAGUUUGUUUUGGUUUCAGUCUUCUAGUGUUGAACUUAAGUUCAUUUUGGAUGA